AUGCCAAAACACAAUGCUAUGACACAAGUGAUCAUUGAAAGAACUGUCAGUGAUAUCGGUGUCGACGACAUUGACGAUCGUUCAAGUGGUGACAUAUCUAUCGGAUCCACACAGAGUACUGGUUCGCCAUCAAUGGAUAGCCAAUUAUCGGACAGCAGCGGCCAAAACGAGUCGGACCUGGAGACCGAAGAGUUGGCCAAAAUGCGUUGUUCGAGUGUACAAACAGAGGUGAUCAGUGAACGCCGGCGCCGUAAUCCCAGCGCCGGCUAUCCGGGUCUAGCAUUUGGCGGAUCCCUGUUCUCAUCGGGAACUAUCAUGAAGUUUAGAGUCAUAUCCAAUGAGUUGCAUAACAUUCAAAACGUUCAAUUAAAACGAGCCGAGGGAGAGAUGGCUGCCCUCCAGAAGCGAAUUCAAGUGCUGGAGAAAGAUCUGGAAAAGUCUGAGGAGAGCCUCAAGAUUGCCACCGAAGAGCUCGAUAUAGUGUCUCAAGAGUUUGAUAGAGACGACAGAACAACGACGUCCUAUAAUACCGUCCAACAGGACCUCAUUGACCGGUACUUAGCAAUGAUUCCCACAAUGAAACCAUUUGAGAGACUAAACGAUCAAUUUAUUAAAUCAGCUUAA